AAUCAAACAGUUUGAGUAAUUUAUAUUGAGAGGGAGAAUCUGAUUAGGGUUUGUGCUCAUCGGAAAUUUCUAUAACGAUCGGAGGCAUGAGCUCGACGGAGAAUCUGAUAACCUCAAUCCAAGGCCUAUCAGCGAGCUCCGGUGACUUAUCCGCACUCCACCGUAUUCUCAAAGGAGCUGAGGAGACGCUCCGAGCCGACUCGGAUCUUGAACUCUCUACUCUCGAACAGCUCGACGCUUCGAAGCAUUCUCUCGGCUACCUCUAUCUCCUCGAUGUUCUCACGUGUGGUCCAAUGUCAAAGGAGAAAGCUUUAGAUGUGGUUCUGUUGAUUUCUCGGUUCAUUACUUCCUGCGAUGCUGAGCAGAUUCGUAUAGCCAGCGACAAAUUUGUGUCUCUUUGUAAGAGAUUCAAAGACAGAGUCUUGGAGCUCGAGGAUCCCUUACGAGGAGUGGCGCCACUGUUGUCAGCUGUUCGUAAGGUUCAGGUUUCAAGCAAACGUUUGACUGCGUUGCAUCCGGAUUGUCUUCAGCUGUGUUUGCUGGCUAAGUGCUAUAAAGCUGGGUUUUCAAUUCUUAGUGAUGAUAUCUUGGAGGUUGACCAGCCUAGGGAUUUUUAUCUCUAUUGCUAUUAUGGGGGAAUAAUAUGCAUUGGACAGAAGAAAUUCCAGAAAGCAUUGGAGCUUCUUUACAAUGUUGUCACUGCUCCAAUGCAUAGUCUCAACGCCAUAGCUCUUGAGGCGUACAAAAAGUAUGUAUUGGUGACUCUCAUUCACUCUGGGCAGUUUAGUGUCAGUCUCCCAAAGUGCGCUUCUACAGCAGCUCAGAGGCACCUCAAGACCUGGUCUUUACCUUACACUGAAGUAGGCAAUUGCUACAACGAAGGGAAUAUCAGUGAGCUACAGGCAGUGGUUGUGGCCCACAGCUCAGAUUUUGAAAAGGACAAUAACCUUGGAUUAGUUAAGCAAGCUGUGUCAUCCCUUUACAAGCGGAACAUUCUGAGAUUGACUCAGAAGUACUUGACCUUGUCGCUUCAAGAUAUAGCGAACAUGGUUCAACUUGCUAAUGCCAAGGAGGCAGAAAUGCAUGUGCUUCAGAUGAUCCAGGACGGUCAGAUACAUGCUCUUAUCAACCAGAAAGAUGGAAUGGUCAGAUUUUUGGAGGACCCUGAGCAGUACAAAACCAGUGAGAUGAUAGAGGUCAUGGACUCUGUCAUCCAAAGGACUAUUAUGCUGUCGAAGAAUCUCAUAGCCAUGGAUGAGAGCUUGUCAUGUGAUCCUUUAUACUUGGGAAAGGUCGGAAGGGAAAGGCAAAGGUAUGACUUUGGAGAGGAUUUUGAUACUGUCCCUCAAAAGUUCUCCAUGUAAACAGCAAAAGACCUCAAGGAAAAAAACUCGGCUCAAAGAUCUGGACAACGUUGUUCUUUUUUUUUUGGUGGGUAAGAAGUUUCAUAUUUUUUCUCACAAAAAUCGUUUUGGACCCGAAGAUCAAUGAACGUAAUGAGCAAUCCUUGUUUAUUUACUAAGCUAUAAACUGCGUGCCAUUUUUUAUGUUUCUAAUCGAA